CAAUAUAAAUUUCCUAAUACCAAAGACAAAAAUCAAGAAUUAAAAAGAAGAAGAAAAAAAAGAUGAACAACGGUGGCCAUAUGCAUGGAAUGGCUAUGGCUCCUCCCUCACCAUCAUCGUCAGCCAUCAUGAACAACGCCACUGGAGGAGGCGGCGGGAUGAUGAUGAAGAAGCACCAUCACAUGAUGAUGCACAUGACAUUUUUCUGGGGGAAAAAUACUGAGAUUCUCUUCUCAGAUUGGCCUGGAUAUGAUAAUUUGGGCAUGUAUAUUUUGGCACUUGUUAUUGUCUUUUUCGUGGCGAUUUUCGUCGAAUUUCUCUCUCAUAGCAAUUACAUUAACAAGAGUAAUGUUGAUCAUAUGACUGCUGGACUUCUUCAAACAACCUUGUAUGGUUUGAGAAUUGGUUUGGCUUAUGUUGUUAUGUUGGCUGUUAUGUCUUUUAAUGGUGGUGUUUUCUUGGUUGCUAUUGUUGGACACUCCUUAGGUUUUAUGGUUUUUGGAAGUAGGGUUUUUAAGAAAUCCUCUAGUGGGAAGAACUUGGAUCUUCCUCCAAUGAAUUGUAGUUGUUGAUUAAUUUUUAUUAAUCAUCGUCUAAGUUUGUAAUAGCAUGUAAUCACAAAUAUUUAUUUAUAAAAGAAACAUGCAAAUAUGUAUUUUAUCAAUUCAACAUCUUAGUAUAUAUAUGAACUAUGAACUAUAGUUUGCUCAUUUGAUAAAAUUGUAUAAGAGUUGGUUUUCAUAGAUUGUGUGAUUUUCAUGUUUUAUAAGAAAAAUACAACUUUUGAAA